AUGGCCAGCACCGGCUCCGCGCCCGGGGGCCCGGGCCCGGGCUCGGGCACGGCGCUGCCCACCCGCUUCCAGGAGACGGAGAAGCUGCUGUCGGCGACGGAGGGCCGGGAGGAGAAGGGCCUCCGCGGCUCCAAAUCCUUCACGGCUGCCUUGCCCGGCGAGACGGAGCGCAACGGGCACGGGCUCGGCUACAAGUCGGUGUCGGUCGGGCACCUGGAGGCGCCGCCGCUGUCGCCGUCCCGGCUGAGCCUGGGCAGAGCCUCGUCCACGGCCACCAGCACGGCGGCCCCGGAGCAGGGCCGCCCUCGGGACUACCUGGUGCUCGCCAUCUUCUCCUGCUUCUGCCCCGUCUGGCCCAUCAACAUCGUGGCCCUCGUCUUCUCCAUCAUGUCGAGGAACAGUGGCCAGCAGGGGGACACGGACGGCGCCCGGCGGCUCGGACGCAUGGCCAGGCUGCUCAGCAUCGUCUCCAUCGUGCUGGGGACCAUCAUCAUCGUGCUCUACAUUUCACUCAGCAUUGGAGCUUCCUAGAAGACGUUUCAGCAUGCAAAUACCUUGAAGAGGAGGAAGACAACUUUCCUUUUGGGGUUUUUACUUUCAGCCUUGCAACAAAACAAAAAAAAAUUGUCACAGUGUAGGUGGGCAGCCCUAGACAGUCUGCUCUGGAGCGCCGUCGGAAGGAACGCAUGCGUCAAUUCACCGCCUCCUGGGAAUGAGCCUGGGCCAGGGACGGGAUCAAAAUCACCCUGAGGAGCAAUGGGAGAGGCCACUGAGGAGAGGAGAGGAGAAGGGGGAAAUCCACUACCUCAUUCGUGCAAGAGGAGGAGAGAGUCUCCAGAAGGAAGCUGGUUUUGGAAGGAAAACACAAGGCGAGAACGGGACGUUUUUGAGGAGUCCUCCUGAGAAUUUUGGCACAAGUCACUGGAUUUUUUGGGGGGUUGUUGGUUUUUAAAUCGUCGAAUUCUCUGUCUCUACAAAAAAAAAAAAAAAAAAACCAAAACAAAACAACAAAAACAAAGCUCAAACUGCCAUCAGGAGCUGAGAGCUGUUCCAGGGAGGAGGAGGAGGGAGAGCAGAGCUGCAGCAGGACCACGGCUCUGCUCCGAACGAAACGCAGCCGCCAAAGCUGGAGGAUGUGGUGGGUGCUUUUGUAUUUUUGAUGAAAAAAAAAAAAAGAAAAAAAAGAAAAAAAAAGAGACAAUGACCAUUUGCAUGCCUUUGGGAAUGUUCUCCAUGUCUGUUCCUACGAGCUCUUUUAUCACUUAGGGCAGAUCUCAGAGCUGGCAGAGGAGGAUGUUGCUGCAUGAGAACCCCGGACUCCUCCUCACCCCCAUCCCAAGGUGGGCUUUUUAAAGGAAGGCAAAAUCAGGCGUUCCCUGUGAACCCCCACAUUUCUCUGUGCACCCAGAGGGAGGUUGGCACCCCUGGCACUGAGACAAGAGCCUGGUUGAUGCCCAGCAGCAGCACCAGGGCACGGAGAGCCCCUUCUACCCACUCGCCCCCUGAUGCCACGGCACGCAGAGGCUUCAGCGUGAUCCAGCCCCCAGCACUGCCAGUGCUCACCCCCCAACCCUCUGGGGCUUCAGCUUAGGGCCUUCCAGGAGAUUUUCAGGGGCAUGGAGGAGUUUUAGACUCCUGCUCCUCUCCUUGCACCCCUCGCACAGCUCUGAAAAUCUCCGGUGUCCCCGGAGCUGCCUGGGGGCAGUUCCAGGAGUUGUUGUAUUAUUUUUUAAUGUUUUGUAUUUACCACAACAGGAAAACAGACUCUGCUCCUCCCACUCUGUCUGUAGGUACCACAGGCCCUGCCAUGUCUUCCACAGCACCUGGCUCCCUCAGCCCAUCCCUGUGGCACCCAAUCCAAUCCCCCUGGAGGCUCCAUCCAGCCCCAGCCCCUCUCCUCACUGCUGUGGGGACUCCCUGGGGUUGGCCCUCUACCCACCCACCCACCCAGACUAUGCAAAGCUCCAUUGCCUGUUGUUUCAGCCAGGCUUGGUGACUUCUGGCCACGUCCAUUGGCUCCCUGAGUCUCUUUGAUCCAAACUUUGGGGACACACGACCAAGAGCUGCACUGCCCGACCCUUCUGUUGUGUCACAACCUGUGACCUGAGAGCAUGGACUGACUGAGAAAUGCUGUCCUGCAGGGCAUUUCUGCUCCCUAACACCCAUCUCCUGAAAAACACCCCAAAUUUAGAGCAAAUUCAAUGCUUCCCAGGGCUUGUCUACAUGGAGAAUCCACCAAAAGAAACCUCACAACGUGGUAACUGCUUGGCACUGCCUCCUGCCCCGGGCCCUGAGUGGGCACAUGGCUCAGCACAGGGCAGGGGUGGGGUGUAAAUCCACGCUGUAGUUACUCUGUAGUAACUAAUGUGCAAAGCCACAGGCAUCUCUGUGAAAAUUCUCCUGUCACCUUCUCGAUUGCUCCUCUUUCAAGUGGUUUUUUUUCCUGUAGAUGUUGUUUGAAUGCAGGGGGUGAGGAAGCCAAAUCCCCCAGACACGCUGUCAACAUUUUUCUCUCCACUGAAAGGGAUGCCAGGGGCUCACAGCAAUAGCACAUCACUACAGCACUUUCUUGGGCUCCAUUCCCAUCCACCCCUUUGCCAGCACUCCAUCACAAACUGCUGGCAUCGAAAAUGGACCAAAUCUGCAACUUUUCUUUUGCAAUUUAUCUUUUGUGAGUUCAGCAAACAGGGACUGCUGAGCAUUGCUGGGUGGGAGCUCCCUCCUCCACCCUCUGUCCAGGAGCUGCCUCUUUUCCCCCUGAGCCCUUCAGAAACCCUCCCUUGGACGGUCAAACUUUCAUUUUAUGGCUAUUGAAAUCCCAUCAAACCCCCCAAAUCUUUCCUUCUUUAACUCUUGGACUCAAAAGCUGCUUGCUGGGGAACAUGUGGGGGUUUUUUGGAGCUACAUAAGGGCAGUGCUGCCUGUCCCUGAUUCCCUGCCCUCUGCCCCUGGAGCUGCUGGAAUUCAGCUGAUGGGAAGAGCCCAGGAAGCUCCUCCUUGGGCAGGAAGGGCCCUUUUUUCAGGGAAAAGUGCUGGAGGCAGUUCUAGGACUUGAGAGCCCUGAGCAUUUAUUAAGUAAGGAUUUAAAUGCUCUUUUAUCAUUUUAUAAAGCCUUUCAUCUAAAGUGCUUCCCUGCAUCCAAAGGAUUAAACCCUGCCACCCCCCAGGAGGUGGGUUCACAUUACUGCUCUAAUUGCAGGGAUGGCAAAUGCUCAGGCACUGAGCAGCUCCCAAACCCACCCCCUUUCCUUCCUCCUCCUUAGCAGAACCAUCUAUGAACACAGAUUUCCUUGGAAUCUGGUUUUUUGGUUUUUUUUUUUUCCAGUGGGAUCUAAACAAACUCUGGUUCCAAUGGGAUUCUGCAGCCAGAGGAGGGAGGGGGUUUGUGGGCAGCUGCUCCUGCCAGGACCAUCCCAGGCCAGGGCAGCACAGAGCAGUGGAGGCACCAGGAUUCCCCUGGACGCAGGAGGAGGCAGAAGAUUUCCCCAAAAACCCCAGGGUGAUGAUUUGAUGAUUUGAUGAUUUGUUUGUGCCUCCUGCCUCGUUGGACAGCUCAGGUGGUGCUUCUCACCUCGCUGUUAAGUCUAACAAAAGAGAAGAACUUUGACACUUAAAUCCCUUUCAUUCUAAAAUCUUCCUGACUAGACACAAUUGUAUUACACCCUUGAACUCAGCUUUUUUUUCUUCUUCUUCUUAUCCUGCAUUUAAAUCCAGAGGAAAGCCUCUACAGUUAUCCCUGACAAAAUAUUUACUCUGCUUGUAACCUGCCCCUGCAGUGCUGGAGGAAUAAACUCCAGGGGCAGCCACAAAGUCCCUUCCCUGCUCCCCCACCACCUUCUCCACACAUUUUGCAGCCUGUUUUGCAAAGUUUUUGCCACUUUGCUUUCCAGGGUUUUAUCCCAGCCCAGCUCCCUCUUUGGCUCUUUUUGGGAGGAAUUUGCUCAUAUUUGUGAAGGAGGGGGCUGCAGAGCCCCCAGCCCUCACCUGGGCAGGGUUACAGCUAAAACAGGCACAAAAUCCUGGCCAAAUUCCCCUCCCUGGUGAAGGAAAGGUGAGAGCAGGGUGACAACCCAGCCCAGGGAAGCUGAGCUGGUAGGGGGAGAGCUCUGAAGGGGUGGAGAAGAUGGGAAAUGUCUCUAAAUGUGAGCUGGAGUGGGAGUCACCAUCAAGGGUCAGGUCCUGGUGGGAUGGAAAUCCAGGGGAAGGAUUGGAAAAAAUGGAGAUCCAGGGGAAGGACUGGAAAGAAUGGAAAUCCAGGGGAAGGAUUGGGAAAAAUGGAAAUCCAAGGGAAGGAUUGGAAAGAAUGGAAAUCCAGGGGAAGGAUUGGAAAGAAUGGAAAUCCAGGGGAAAGAUUGGAAAGAAUGGAAAUCCAGAGGAAGGAUUGGAAAGAAUGGAAAUCCAGGGGAAAGAUUGGAAAAAAUGGGGAUCCAGGGGAAGGAUUGGAAAGAAUGGAGAUCCAGGGGAAGGAUUGGAAAAAAUGGGGAUCCAGGGGAAGGACUGGAAAGAAUGGAGACCCAGGGGAAGGAUUGGAAAGAAUGGAGAUCCAGGGGAAGGAUCCUCCCAGCAGAGCAUGGGGCUGCUGGCACCUCCCUGGGCUUCUCUGCCAGGCUUUGGGGCAGAGCUGGGCUCAUGGGGUGCCACAGAAGAGCUGCAUCAGGGCUGGAUUGAAGCUUUAAGCUGAACCAGCCACAAACUUCUCUUGGUUUUGCAGCAGCCCCAGUGAGCCAGGGUCAGGGAGGGUCUGGCCUGAGUCAGUGGGGUCACAGCAGAGCCCUGCAGGCACCAGAGGGAUCUGAGCCCCACCAGGGGAAACAAAGCCACCAAAGGACCUCAGAGUUGGCUGUGUUGGGAUGGGUUUGCUUUUUCUGGCUGGUGUUUCACCCUGUUCCAGUUUCCUGCUCUGUCCCUGCUCUUUGCUGGUUUUACCACGCCGGCCCUCAGCAUCCCACCCCCGAAUUUGCUGUUUAAGGAUGGAUUUGCUUUUUUCUGGCUGGUGUUUCACCCUGUUCCAGUUUCCCCUCGUGGUUUUACCACGUUGUCCCCUCAGCAUCCCCAUCCCCAGAGCUCUGCUGAGCCCCUCAGCUCUCCCUGCCCCUCCUGUCACCCAGACAGGUCCUGCUGCAAUGAGCUCUCACCUCUGGGCUCAGGGAGGGCUCAGGGAGCUCUGAGCCCCCUCCAGCCCACACAGAUUUCUCCAUGCAGACAAGGGGAGCAGGUCCUGCCUUUUCUAUUGAAUGGAAUCUCCGUUUCUGUUCCCUCCGAGCCCGGGGAGAGGCUGCACCCGCUGGGCUGGCCCCACCCUUGCCCUGCUUUGUUACUGUCACGGAGCCGCAGCCAGGGUUGCCCUGCAAGCUGAAAUUAUUCCGAUUUAAGCUCGUUUUCCUUUCAGUAUACAGCCUUUAAUUUUGGCAAAAACCAGUCAGGUUUGGACUGAAAACCUCCCCUGCUUGGGCACAGUCCCAGGGGUGUGGGGGGAUAGCAGCCUUUUCAAAGUGGGAAUAUUUGGAAAGCAUUUGCUGACACCAGUAGGUAGCAAAAUCCCAACCUCUAAAUGCCCAUCCAGGGUAAGAAACAUCAGAAAGGGAACGUGUGCAGGAUUCACCAGGGCAGCCCUGGCACCACCUGGGAGCCCUUGGAAGGUGCCAGGGUUUGAUCCUUGGCAGGGAAGUGCAGGGUCCAUCCCCCCACUGGGAGAGCCACAGCUCACACACAGCAUGACCACAGCAGGAAUUGCAGCUGGGUGCUUCUCUUUGCUGACAAAUGUUUCUUUUUCUGCAGGAUGGUAUGGUAUAUCUUAUAUACUUUCUUUGUAUUUCUUGGCAUGAGAAAAAAAAAAAAAUUAAAAUGUAACAUGCAUGGUCAAAGCUGAA